AUGAGUUACACAUCUCGUUAUAAUAAUAAAGGAAGUGGAAAUUAUCGUGCUUCUUCAUAUCAAAGGGAAUAUUCUCCGAUAAACUCUAAUAAUUAUUAUAAUGCUUCUCAAAGAUAUUCAAGUUCUGAUCUUUACUCUUCUACCAAAAAUUAUAACAGGCCAGGAAGUAGCAGUCCUCGAUAUAUCCCUCCUUCAACAAUAACUUCAAAUAUAAAUUAUGGAAUACCCAAAAGAAGUGCAAGUUAUGCUUGUGGAAUUUCUAUAGGAGGAAAUUUAAAUGAAUUAAGACCAAGAAUUGGUUCUGAUAUUUCUAAUAAAAGAAUUGGGGUUAAAGAUGUUAUUAAUAGAAUUGAAAGUAACUACAAAAUUUCUCCAUAUCGAACAAGUCAAUCACCCAAUUCUACAUUAAAUGCCUAUAAUUAUUCAAACGUAUAUGAGACAAAAUUAUUAAAAAGUAAAUAA